GGCUCCCGCGGGCCAUGGCCGCCGCCUUCGCCCCUAAGCUCGGCCGGAGCCUGGCGAGCCCGGACCCGCACCACGGCCCCGGCUACGCCGGUUCCUGCCCUCGGUACCAGUGCAGCCUGGGGCAGAGCUGCGGGCAGCUCCAGAGCAGCCCCGAGGUCGCCGGCUCCAGCCAGCCGGUGCUGCAGCCUGCCCCUUGGCCCCGCGCUGGUGCCCCGCCUGUGGAGCCGGCAGAGGAGCUGCUGGGGACGAGGCCGGUCUGCUGGGGGGCAGGAGCUCGCCCACUGGGAUGCUGCGUGAUCCCGGGCUACACAGGAUUCAUUCCCAGGGCCCAGAACCUCUUCGCCAAGACCUACUCCGAGAUCUGCAAGGAGGCCAGGAGUGACUUUGCCAGGCAGCAGCUGAGAGCUGCAGGCAGGGAGCAGGAGCUGCAGAACGCAGGGCGGCUGCCCCAGGGCACCAAGGGCAACCUCCUUACCACCAAGUGCAGGACUCCAGUCCCAGCAGGCUCGGCAGUGGCUGCCUCGUACGUCUCUCCCUUCGCCUUCCAACCGCAGGGCUCCCCCUACUCCAUGGAGGACAACAACCCCCACAAGUGCUUCAUCUCGGGUUUCACCGGCUUUGUGCCCCGUGCCCGCUUCCUGAUCGGGGCAGGCUACCCGCUGACCACCCACCGCGCCCUGGUGGAGUUUGGCCAGGCCAGAGGGCGCAGGCCUGAGGGUGGGAAAGGCAGCCCGGUCCUUCCACCGCUGAAGUCGUACCCCACAGACAUGGGGCUGCUGCCCCACUACGCAGGCUACGUGCCAGGCUACAAGUUCCAGUUUGGCCACACUUACGGGCAGCUCACCCACAACGCCCUGGGGCUGAGCACCCUGGAGAAGCAGCUGGCCGACUAGCACCCGGGCUUGGACCAGUUUCUUCUCGGAGCUGUUUGGAGCCUGCCCUGCCGUGGGCACAAGCAAUAAAGAGAAGGACCAACAAACUCUGCUGCCCUCCCCUGAGAACGAGGGGAGCGUCGCCCGGCCGUGCUGCAAACCGUUGGCGGGGUGGGGGGGGCCAUGUCGGGUGAAGGGGAGUUAAAUCAGUGCAGGCCCCCCACCCCCCAUGGCGUGUGCUAAUGCGCCGGCCCCACAGCCCUGGCCCAGGCACCCCGGAGCCUCAGGAGGCACCCUCGAGCCCUGGCUAAAAUUGCCCCACCCAAGGUGGGCAGCCUCCCCCCCAGGGAGCGCCAGCAGGCGUGGGGUGUGAUGCUGCGCUGCACUGCACAUGGGCUGGUGCCAAGGCGUGGGCAGGGCCAGCAUAGUGCAAGGGCUGGCAUUGCCCCUGAGCCAAGGGCAGCACUGCCCCUCCGUGCUGCAGGGCCGAGCCCUACUGGGCCCCCAAGCCAGCCCGCUGGUGUGCAGAACGGCUGUGCGCUGCCAUGGAGCCACAGCGCCAGGC